AUGGGCAGCAAGCAGACCGUGUUCACGCAGGAGCAGCUUGAGGCAUACCAGGACUGCACGUUCUUCACCAGGAAGGAGAUCAUGAGGCUCUUCUACCGCUACCAGGACCUGGCGCCCCAGCUCGUGCCCCUGGACUACACCAGCUGCCCAGCCGUGAAGGUGCCCUACGAGCUCAUUGGCAGCAUGCCGGAGCUGAAGGACAACCCCUUCCGCCAGCGCAUCGCCCAGGUCUUCUCGGAGGACGGCGACGGCCACAUGACGCUGGACAACUUCCUGGACAUGUUCUCCGUGAUGAGCGAGAUGGCCCCGCGCGACCUCAAGGCCUACUACGCUUUCAAGAUCUACGACUUUAACGACGACGACUACAUCUGUGCCUGGGACCUGGAGCAGACGGUGACCAGGCUGACCCGCGGGGAGCUGAGCGCCGAGGAGGUCGGCCUGGUGUGCGAGAAGGUGCUGGAUGAGGCUGAUGGCGACCAUGAUGGGCGCCUGUCUCUGGAGGACUUCCAGAACAUGAUCCUGCGGGCCCCCGACUUCCUCAGCACCUUCCACAUCCGCAUCUGAGGAGGACUCCCCCCCUGCAGGAGCCUGCGGCAGGAUCGCUGUCGCCCCUCGGGUGUGGGAAUAAAGGGUCACUGAGCCACACCUGCUGC